UGUGAGUCGAAGAAAAGGUUUUGCGCCUGCGCAGUUUGCUCAUUUCCCAGAUCAGGGGAACUAACCUGGAGCCGACGUUGCAUACUCUCGGGACUCCGGUCCGGACCUGCUCAUCGCUUCUCGACGCAGAGUCGCAGCGAGUCUCCUGAGAGCUCGGCAGACUGGGGUGUGGGGAGGAGGUGAUCUCUUGCGGCCAGUUCCCUAUUCUUUAUCUCAGACUUCUCUCCUGCAGUCCAGAUCCUUAUAUCCAACUGCCUAUUGGACACCUGCCCCAGGAUGUUCUCAAGGUAUACAAGAAUUAAAUUCUGAGUAAGUCUACAAGUAGGAUGGACAGUUAUUUUAAAGCAGCAGUCAAUGACUUGGACAAACUUCUUGAUGAUUUUGAACAGAAUCCAGAUGAACAAGAUUAUCUCCAAGAUGCACAAAAUGCAUGUGAUUAUAACCACUGUUCAAUUUCUUCAGAGUUGGCUUCCUCACAGUUAACUUUACCACUACCAAAAGAUCAACAAUGCAUUAAUUGUUGUGCUUCAUCAGAAACAUGCUAUGAAACAAAUCAGAUUUCAUUGAAUGAAAAAACACAUGAGGGACUAACUUCCAUACAAAAUGAAAAAAAUGUAACAGGACUUGAUCUUCUUUCUUCUGUGGAUGGUGGUACUUCAGAUGAAACCCUGCCUUUAUAUAUGGGACGAUGUAGUAAACCUGUGUGUGAUCUGAUAAGUGACAUGGGUAACUUAGUUCAUGUAACUAAUAAUGAAGAAUAUAUUAAAAAAUUAUUGCCAGAUGAUUUUAAGUCUAGUGUCGAUUCUUUGACUGGAUUGGAUUUAUCUUCAGUGUCAGAAACUCUUUGUGUUUCAUCAAUAGACCAUGGUAAUAAUGCUGUCAGAGAGGAACAAAAUGAUGUCAACUGUGAAUUACAAAACAGAGAAAUCAGUAGAACUAAAGAAUUGAAUAUAAAUGUAAAUACAAUACUUUCGGAUUCAUGUAAUUACAGUGGAAAAGAAAAUUUAAAAGAUAUAAAGAACUCUAACCAGUUAGAACCUGUUGUUGAUUUGAACUUGCCAUCUGCCUUGACUCAACAAAGUUCCGAAAUGUUUGAUGCCAAAGACAACCCACAAGACAAGACCCAGCCAUGUGAAUUAGUAAUAGCUGAUGACUGUGUGGGAAAAGACAAGGUACAUGGAGCAGUCAUAGCUGCCACAGAAUGUUUAAAAGAAGGAGACAGCCCUGUUGCUUUGCCUUGCAGUCUUCCAAAAAAUGAAGGUUUAUGCUUAAAUGAGUCAAAUUCAAGAGAUGAAAAUUUCAAAUUACCUGACUCCUUUCAAGAUAGGACUGCUCUAUUUAUAAAACAGUCUUCAAAAGAAGACUCAAAUUUAGAUCUUAAAGAUAAUAAAGAUGUAAUCCAAGAUUCCUCUCCAACUUUACAUGUUUCAAAUGAAGAUAUAUACUCCUCAUUGUCCUGUCUUCCAGUACACAGGGGGUCUUUGUGUGGAUCAUUAAUUGAAAGUAAAAUGCAUGAUGAUUGUUUACAUCAGUGUGAGCAUAAAGAUAACAUACAAGAAGUAGUGACUGUGCAUGAAGACAUACAGAAGAGUAUUAUUCUAGGUGGGGAACCAUUGAAGGAGACUGAUGUUUUGAAACAGGAAAAAUGUAAAAACAUACUUCAUCAGCCAUUAAUUGAAAAGGUGGGAGACAGAAAGAUAGAUCCUGACCAGAAGGUAGUCAGAGUUGAUUCUUUGGAUUAUUCUGAUAACACUAGUUCUUCUAUAGUGGCAGAAUCUCAAAUGGAGCUUUCUGGUGCUAAUGCUCCAGAGUCUCCUGAUUAUUGUGAAAGUCUCACUUUUUUAAGCAAUGAUAUCAAUGGACAAGACCUAGAUUACUUUAAUAUUGAUGAAGGCAUGAAAAGUGGCACACUAGUUAGUGAUGCUGAACUUGAUGCUUUUCUGACUGAACAGUAUCUUCAGACCAGCGACAUAAAGUCAUUUGAAGAAAAUGUAAAUGACUCAAAAUUUCAGAUGAAUCAGAUAAAUAUGGAAGGACUAGAUGAUACAAACAUCAGUAAUAAAUACUUCAAUGCUGAAGCAGGAGCUACUGGGGAAAGUCCUGGUAGUAAUAUGAUUUGUGAAACAAUUGAUAAACAAUAUACAGCAGAAAAUGGCGGCCUUUCUUUAAGGGAAAAAAGUACAAUUCCAAUUGAACAAGGGUUAUCUACCAGUAAGUCUGAGAUUACAAAUGAAUUGUCAGUCUCUGAUUUUAACAGUCAAUCUGUUCAUGUUGGAGGGGCCAGACCUAAGCAGUUGUUUAACAUUUCAUCAAGAACAAGGAGCUCAAAAGAACCAAAUAAGCCAGAUACUCUAAAUAUGCCUGAAGGCGAACCCAGCAUAACAAAUACCAGUGCUCUAACCUCUUGUACAACAGAUUCUACAAAUGAUCCUCAGGUUAGCUUCAACUCGAAUUACAUUGAUAUAGAAAGUAAUUUUGAUGGUGGAUCCAAUCUUAUAACUGCAAAUGAAGAAUCUCUACCUGCAAACACUUGCAAAGAAGGCCUGGUUUUAGGCCAGAAACAACCUACUUGGGUUCCUGAUUCAGAAGCUCCAAACUGUAUGAACUGCCAAGUCAAGUUUACUUUUACAAAACGGCGGCACCACUGCCGAGCAUGUGGGAAAGUAUUUUGUGGUGUCUGUUGUAAUAGGAAGUGUAAGCUGCAGUACUUAGAAAAGGAAGCCAGAGUAUGUGUGGUCUGCUAUGAAACCAUUAGUAAAGCUCAGGCAUUUGAAAGGAUGAUGAGCCCAACUGGUUCCAAUCUCAAAUCUAAUCAUUCUGAAGAAGGUGCCACCAUCCAGCCUCUACAGGAGACCCAAACAUCCAGUGUACCUUCCCCUACAACUUUACCAACCUCAGCCCUUAAACAACCAAGUGUUGAAGGAUUAUGUUCCAAAGAACAGAAGCGAGUGUGGUUUGCAGAUGGUAUAUUGCCCAAUGGUGAAGUUGCAGAUACAACAAAAUUCUCAUCUGGAAAUAAAAAAUAUUCUGAAGAUUUUAGUCCUGUCUUACCAGAUCUGCCCAUGACAAACACAGUGGACCAUGCCCAUUCUACUGCAGUGGAAAAACCAAACAAUGAGAUAGGAGAUAUUGCAAGAAAUGAGAUAAUUCAGAGUCCUAUUUCUCAGGUUUCAUCUAUGGAAAAGCUGCCCAUAAGCACAGGAACUGAAGGGUUACCUACUUCUGGUUCUUUUACACUAGAUGAUGAUGUUUUUGCAGGAACUGAAGAACUACCUAGUCCUACUGGUGUCAUAGUUAACAGCAGUUUAGCUGUGGCUAGUACUUCAGAUUAUAGGUCACUGUGUGGUAUUGACAAGAAUGUGUACAAUAAGGUUAGUCUUCUGCCUGACGAUGAGGACAGCUUGCCGCCUCUUCUGGUUGCCUCUGGAGAAAAGGGAUCAGUGCCUGUAAUAGAAGAACACCCAUCUCAUGAGCAGAUCACUUUGCUUCUUGAAGACAAAGAUUUUCACCCUGUUACGUUUAUCCUAAAUGCUAAUCUACUCGUGAAUGUCAAGUUAGUACUUUAUUCCUCAGACAGAUAUUGGUACUUCUCAACCAAUGGAUUGCAUGGCUUGGGGCAAGCAGAAAUUAUUAUUCUAUUGUUAUGUUUGCCAAAUGAAGAUACCAUUCCUAAGGACAUCUUCAGACUAUUUAUCUCCAUAUAUAAGGAUGCUUUAAAAGGAAAAUACAUAGAAAAUUUGGACAAUAUUACCUUUACUGAGAGUUUUCUCAGUAGCAAGGACCAUGGAGGAUUCCUGUUUAUUACACCUACUUUUCAAAAGCUUGAUGAUCUCCCAUUACCAAGUAACCCUUUUCUCUGUGGAAUUCUUAUCCAGAAGCUAGAGAUUCCUUGGGCAAAGGUUUUCCCUAUGCGUUUAAUGUUGAGAUUGGGUGCAGAAUAUAAAGCAUACCCUGCUCCUCUAACAAGUAUCAGAGGCCGAAAACCUCUUUUUGGAGAGAUAGGACACACUAUUAUGAACUUACUUGUUGACCUCCGAAAUUACCAGUAUACCUUGCAUAAUAUAGAUCAGCUGUUGAUUCAUAUGGAAAUGGGGAAAAGCUGCAUAAAAAUACCUCGGAAAAAAUAUAAUGAUGUAAUGAAAGUAAUAAAUUCUUCUAAUGAGCAUGUCAUUAGCAUUGGAGCUAGUUUUAGUACAGAAGCAGAUUCUCAUCUAGUCUGUAUACAGAAUGAUGGAGUUUAUCAAACACAGGCCAACAGUGCCACUGGGCACCCUAGAAAAGUGACAGGUGCAAGUUUUGUGGUAUUCAAUGGAGCUCUAAAAGCAUCUUCAGGAUAUCUUGCUAAGUCCAGCAUAGUUGAAGAUGGCUUAAUGGUACAAAUAACUCCAGAGACCAUGGAUGGCUUGCGGCUAGCUCUACGAGAACAAAAAGACUUUAAAAUUACAUGUGGGAAAGCUGAUGCUGUAGACCUGAGAGAAUAUGUGGAUAUCUGCUGGGUGGAUUCUGAAGAAAAAGGAAACAAAGGUGUUAUUAGUUCUGUGGAUGGAAUAUCAUUACAGGGAUUUCCAAGUGAAAAAAUAAAACUGGAAACAGAUUUUGAAACUGAUGAGAAGAUCGUCAAGUGUACUGAGGUGUUCUACUUUCCAAAGGACCAGGAUUUAUCUAUUUCAGCAACUCGUUAUCAGUUUGCAAAAGAAAUAGCCAUGGCUUGUAGUGCUGCACUGUGCCCUCAUCUGAAAACUCUAAAGAGUAAUGGGAUGAAUAAAAUUGGCCUCAGAGUUUCCAUUGACACUGAUAUGGUUGAAUUUCAGGCAGGAUCUGAAGGCCGACUUCUUCCUCAGCAUUACCUGAAUGACCUUGAUAGUGCUCUCAUCCCUGUGAUCCAUGGUGGGACCUCCAACUCUGCUAAUUUACCAUUAGAGAUGGAAUUAGUGUUUUUCAUUAUAGAAAACCUUUUUUAGUGAAAAGAUGUUAGUAAAUCAUAUUAUUAUAUAUUGCAAGCUGAUGUGUUAAAACUAACUCCAGCACUAAACCUGAAAGGCCACAAACACUAAAAGUAAGUAUGUUUGAUGUUUGAAACACAUAAAAAGCUUUGCUUUAUAGGCAGGAAUGAUCUUUUUUAAAUCAUUAGCACAAUUUUAGUCUAUAAAUUUAUGAGAUCUAGUUUUUGAAGCUUCACACUUAAAAUACUAAAAAGACAAGGAUUACUUCUGUUUUUAAGAAAUGUGUAGCAUUACUGUGUUAUUUAAAUGCUACGCCAAAGUAUCUGCACUUAGGUAACACCUCUUGAUGCCAAGAUCAAUUUUAAUGAAGGCUCUUUUCAGAUGUAACCUUACUGAGGGAAAUAAUCUGUUUUGUGUAUAUGCCAGUUAGAUUACCAGUUUCUAAAGUCUGUUAAAAUGUAUUUAAAUGGCACAGACCAGUUUCCAUAUUAGACUUGAUAAUUCUUUGAAUAAGGCAGAUAACUUAUUUGUAUAAUUGGAGUGGAGACCUACCUCCAUGACUAGAUGAACUCUGGAUUAAAAUCAGAAUUUUGCCCUUUUUCUUCUCAAAUUAUUACAUGUUUUUUUCCUUGAUUAAAUGGGUAUUCUUAAAAUAAUUGUGGGUGCUUCGGGAUUUGUGCUUAUAUAUUUAAGUAUAUUGUUUUUAUAACAACAUGAUUCAGUAUGUGUUUUAUAAAUCUUUAAUAAUUUAUAAAUAGGCAAUAUUUUUGUAUUGCAGUAUAUUAUUUUUCCUCCUUUCUUUCCAAAAUAUACCAUUGUAGUUGCCACUUAUAAUAGUGAUUGACAACAGGCCAGAUGACCCUUGAAGUAGUCAUUAUGUAGCAAUAAAUGAGGCCUGAAACAGGUUUUUUUUUUACCUCUGCUUUAAACCUUAGAAGUUUCUAGGCAAGUCUACAUAUUUUCAUUGACACCAGUGUAUUAAUUAUAAAUUUUAAUGAACUAAUUACUUUUGCAUAUUUUAAAUUCUUUAUAUGGUAGUUAUUUUUUAUAACAGAAUAUUAACAUAAGUUAAAUUCUAUGUAUUUAAAACUUACAGAGCUUUCUUCUUUACUUCAGACAGCAAAAUAAGAGAAGUAUGUUGUGUUAAAAAAAUAAUCAGUAUAUUUUAGUUACUACUGUCAUUUAAGUUAUAUAAAAUAUAAUCAUAUUUUGAUGCUUUUUUACUUAUGUGGGAUGUUGUGUAUGUUUUUGUAUCAAAACAACUGUGUAUCUCAAGAAAAUGAAAUUACACUAAAUAGCUGUGCUUUAAAAAAAUAUUUAGGAAGCAUCUCAACUUGAAGACCAAGUCAAGGUUAACUCAGGGCCUGAGGUCUCAGGCUAGGAGAGACUAAGAAUUUUAAUCAGAUUGGCCAUAGGUUCCUACUAAAUCACCUGUGUUGUACUAGCCAAAGACACAGUAUGGAGGAGAGUAUUAGUCUUCUGGAAGUAGCUACUUCAUAAACAAUGUAACAUGUUGCAGAUAUUAAAUAAAAUGGUAACAUGUAAUAACUUGUGAAGUUUAUUGAAAUGGUAUAAAGUAAAAACAAUUACAUAUCAAA